CGCACCUUCUACAUUGUAACAAUCCUCCCAUUUCCUGCAGCACAACACUUCCAUGUCUCGCUUGAAGGCUAUGCUGUUUUAUCGUUUCACACUGGACCUUACCUGCUGCUUGGACACUGACAACGAUGGAAAUAUAAAGACCGAAUAUGAGAGGGGUUCGCCGCAAACUGUCAUUAUGUUGACAAAAAUGGGCUGCUGAUUUGGGAACCUCCCCCGGAGAGAAGGAAGCGCCCAGCAGCACCAUGACUGUGUUCAACCAGGAGAAUGUGGAGGAUUAUUACGAGAUUGGAGUCGAACUCGGGAGUGGUCAGUUUGCUGUGGUGAAGAAAUGCCGUAAUAAGGGCACAGGUGUGGAGUAUGCAGCCAAAUGUAUCAAGAAGAGGCGCAGCAAAUCCAGUCGGCGAGGUAUAUCCAAAGACGACAUUGAGAGGGAGGUCAGCAUACUGAAGGAAAUUCAGCACCCCAAUGUCAUCACUCUGCAUGAUGUGUUUGAAAACAAGAACGAGGUCAUUCUCAUCCUGGAGCUAGUGGCAGGUGGAGAACUUUUUGACUUCUUGGCUGAGAAAGAGUCAUUGAGUGAAGAGGAGGCCACUGAGUUCCUCAAGCAGAUCUUGGAUGGAGUCAGUUAUCUGCACUCUAAACAGAUUGCUCACUUUGAUCUGAAGCCGGAGAACAUUAUGCUGUUGAACCGGAGUGUACCUCACCCACGCAUUAAGCUCAUUGACUUUGGUCUGGCCCACAAGAUCGAUUUUAGCAAUGAUUUCAAAAACAUCUUUGGUACCCCUGAGUUUGUAGCUCCUGAAGUGGUAAACUAUGAGCCCCUUGGACUGGAGGCAGACAUGUGGAGCAUUGGUGUGAUCACUUAUAUUCUGCUCAGUGGUGCCUCACCUUUCCUGGGUGAAAAUAAGCAGGAGACACUUGCCAAUGUGUCAGCUGUGGACUAUGAGUUUGAUGAGGAAUACUUCAGCAACACUAGUGCUCUAGCCAAAGACUUCAUUGCAAGGCUUCUGAUCAAAGAUCCAAAAAAAAGAAUGACAAUCCUGGACAGUCUUCAACACCCCUGGAUCAAGCCAAAGGACACGCAACAGGCACUGAGCCGUAAGGAGUCUGCUGUGAACAUGGAGAAAUUUAAGAAGUUUGCUGCACGAAGGAAGUGGAAGCAAUCGGUACGUCUCAUCUCUCUGUGUAACCGGCUCUCCCGCUCAUUCCUGUCGAGGAGCAACAUAAGUGUGGCACGCAGUGAUGACACACUGGACGAGGAAGACUCAUUUGUGAUGAAGGCUAUUAUCCACGCAAUCAACGACGAAAAUGUUCCAGGCCUGAAACACCUGCUUGGCUCCCUGACCAGUUAUGAUAUCAACCAACCUAACAAGCAUGGAACGCCUCCACUCCUGAUUGCUGCAGGCUGUGGAAACGUCCAGAUCAUUGAUGUGCUAAUGAAAAAAGGGGCGGAUAUUCAAGUACUUGAUAAGACUGGAGCCAACGCUAUCUACUACGGCGCCCGACAUGGCCACGUGGAGACCUUGAGAUUCUUGCAUGAAAAGAAGUGCCCUCUGGACAUCCAAGAUAAGUCUGGAGAAACUGCUCUGCAUGUGGCAGCUCGCUAUGGUAACGUGGAUGUUGUCCAAUAUCUUUGCAGCAUCCAUGCCAACCCUGACCUACUAGACCGGGAGCAGGAGACACCUUUGCACUGUGCAGCCUGGCACGGAUACUCUGCUGUGGCCCGAGUUCUGUGCAAGGCUGGCUGUGAUGUCAACGCCCGGAACCGUGAGGGUGAGAGCCCAUUGCUCACAGCAUCUGCCCGCGGUUUCAAGGACAUUGUGGAGUGUCUGCUUGAGCACGGGGCAGACAUGGACUCCAUUAAUAAAGAUGGUCACAUUGCUCUACAUCUGGCAGUGAGGAGGUGUCAGAUUGAAGUGGUAAAGUGUCUGCUGAGCCAUCAGUGCUAUGUGGACCACCAGGAUCGCCACGGUAACACGCCACUUCACAUCGCUUGCAAGGAUGGAAACUUGCCUGUGGUCAUGCAAAUCUGUUCUGCUAAAGCCAAUCUAGAUAUCACUAACAAAUUUGGAAGAACACCUCUCCAUCUGGCAGCUAGUAAUGGUGGUCUGGAGGUGGUGCGUCAUCUCUGCGUCGCCGGAGCCAACACUGAGGCCCUCACUAAUGAUGGAAAGACAGCAGAAGAUCUGGCGAAUACUGAACAGCAGGAACAUGUAGCAGUGCUGCUGGCCAAACUGAAAAAGGACAACUAUAAGGCCAUUUACAUCCAGCAGCUGCGGCCUACACAGACCCUCCAACAUCGCAUUAAACUCAAGCUUUUCGGCCAUUCAGGAUCCGGAAAGAGCACACUGGUGGAGUCUUUAAAGUGUGGGAUCUUGCGGAGUUUCUUCAGGAGAAGGCGAACCAGACUGACUAACCCUGUCCGACACCCAGCCUCACCUGUCACCUCCAAACCGUCAGUGUCUGUGAGCAUCUCUAACCUGUACCCAGGCUGUGAGAAUGUUAGUGUGCGUAGCCGCAGUAUGAUGUUUGAGCCCAGUUUGACUAAAGGAGUUCUGGAGGUUUUCAGUCCCGUACAUAACUCUCUCUCCACGGCCGAUGACACCGCCACCAAAGCCAUCGACAUCCAAAACACCAACGUCAAUGGUGUAGGAGACUUCAGUAUAUGGGAGUUCUCUGGUAAUCCAGUCUACUUCUGCUCAUAUGACUACUUUGCUGCAAAUGACACUGCCGCAAUUCACCUGGUGUCAUUCAGUCUGGAGGAGCCGUACGAGACUCAACUGAACCAGGUCACGUUCUGGCUCAACUGCCUCAAGGCUCUCACACUACCCGAGGACAACAUUGCCUUUGGAGGGAAGAUCAGGAAUCCACUGUGUGUGGUGCUCGUGGCCACACAUGCUGACAUUGUGAAUCUUCCCCGAUCUUUUGGGGGAGAGUUCAGCUAUGACAAAGAGAGAUCUCUAAUGAGGGAAGUUCGAAACAGAUUUGGGAAUGAUCUGCAGAUCGCUGAGAAGCUCUUUGUCAUGGAUGCAGGAGCAUCCAACUCCAAAGACAUGAAGAUGCUGAGAAUCCUUCUGUUAGAGCUCCGAAACACCAUUACCUCAACCUGCAGGCCUAUGACUCAGUUAGCAGAGAAACUGUUGUCCACUCUGCCCUCCUGGCGCAAAUUGAAUGGGCCAAACCAGCUAAUGUCAUGGCAGCAGUUUGUUGUGGAUGUGCAGGAACAAAUUAACCCUUUGGCCAGCGAAGACAAUCUGAGGGAACUGGCUUUACAACUUCACAGCAUGGGAGAGAUAAACAUCAUGCAGAGUGAGACCAUCCAAGAUGUUGUCCUGUUAGAUCCUCGUUGGCUGUGUAGUAAUGUACUCGGCAAGCUUCUCUCCAUUGAAACCCCCAAAGCGAUCCACCAUUACCGUGGCCGCUACCGCAUUGAAGAACUCCAAACCCUCGUCUCUGAAGGCGAUAUUGAUGAACUUCUUCAGGUGUUGGACGCCAUGGAUAUAUGUGCACGUGACUUUGCCAACCCAGGUAUGGUUGAUAUCCCUGCCCUUAUUUGCACAGGUGGCCUGCAGCACACCUGGACAGACGAAGAAGACAUUGAAGGGGAAGACACGUUGCUUUAUGGUGGAGUACGCGUGGUUCCUGCAGAGCACUUGGCGCCUUUUCCUUGUGGACUCUUCCAUAAGCUGCAAGUGAACUUGUGUCGGUGGAGCAGGCAGCAAAAGCCUGAGGUUGAAGCUGAGGAUGUUCGGUUGUGGAGCGGAGGAGCUCGGGUUGGACUUGGUGGUGCUGAGGCUCUAGUUCUGCUUGUUAACCACGGACAGGGCAUGGAGGUACAGUUACGAGGACCUGAAGCAGACCCUGGACGUUGCUAUGCUCUGUUGGACACGUUGUGCAGCAUGGCUGAGGGUCUUUUGGCUGCUACGUUGCCUGGUUUGCUAACUGCCCGACAUUAUCUAAGCCCUCAGCAGCUGCGGGAGCACCACGGCCCUAUCAUGCUCUACCAACCGAGGGACUUUUUCCGCGCUCAAGCACGCAGCGAGAACGCCCUAUCCAACACCAUGGGUGGCUAUCAUGAGAGCUUUGUUAGUAUCGUCACAUUAGGUUGCACCCAGGUCUACAAACAGGGUUGUCUCGGUAGAAAGGUGCCCGUGGCGGAGAUCAGUCAUCUGGCCAGACGCAAGCUCUGCCGCCUGCUGGAUCCACCCGACGCCCUUGGAAAGGACUGGUGUCUGCUUGCCAUGAACUUGGGUCUCAGCGAGCUGGCUGCUAAAUACAGUUCCGGUACCAAUGGGACUCCGCCUGCAGAGCCCCUUUCCCUCCCCAGCCCAACAGCAGUGCUUCUGCAAGAGUGGAGCCAGCGACCAGAUUCAACCAUAGGCGUUUUGGUUGCUAAAAUGCGGGAACUUGGCCGUCGCGAUGCAGCAGAUUUCCUUCUUAGAUCUGCACCGGUGUUUCGGGUCAAUGUGGAGAUUCUGGGCACUCCGCCAGAGCCCUACAGCCCAGUGUGCAAUGGGGGCGGCACUUCUUACAACUCCAUCAGUUCCGUGAUCUCUCGUUAGCUUCACACUGUCUGUAAAGAUAUGUGCAAUUAACCAGUGGAGUGUUGUUAAAUCUCAGCUUCCUGGUCUUUUAAGACUGAAGUAUUUGAAUCAGAUAUUACGUUCAUGUCCAUGCUGUUGCCCUUUGUAUGUUCUUUAAUGUUCAUCCUCGAUAUCUCUGAAACGUUGCCUUUGUACAUUUUUCCUGCAAAUCUUUUAUCGAUUGUGUCACAUUCCCAAGGCUAAACUGCAGAAGAGUUUCUUAAAAUGUAAUUAUUGAAUAUAAAUUCUGAAGCUUGCAAUUCUUUUAUAUAUUCAGACAACCAUUCUAGGGAAAUUAUACAAAAUUUGAUGACUGAAUGAUAGAUCACCAAGUGCUCGGCUGUAUUAACUGAUAGAGAGAUAAUUAUUGAAACAAUUGAGUGCCUUGAAGAUUGUAAGCUAUUGUCAAAGAGCCAUCUUUCUAGAAUUCAAAAUUGGAUGUGCUGUGUGCCACCUACUGAGGCCACAUCCACACUAAUCUAUUUUAAUUCAAAAACUCAGUUUUCAGUUUCCUGAAGUCAUAAAACUCCAAAGUACUGUAUGCAGUAAUGUAGAGCUUUUUCGAAACACUGUUUACAAUGGUGGAAAAUGCUGCUCUAGUGUGGAUGAGAGGAAUAAAUGAAGUUAAAUCAAUGCUUUUUUAAACAAAAAUGUAUUGGUGUGGACAUGGCCUGAAAGUAAAUUAGUUUAAAGGUGUUUCAGGGUUUACCCUUCCUAUGAAACCUCUUAAUGAACAUAUCUCUGGUGAAACAAUUAAUAUCUCAAAUAUACAACAAAAAAGUGGGGUAGUUUAACUGUACUGCCUUAAUGUUCCUUAUUGCAGCUAAAAGGCAUCAUUUUCCAGACAGGGUUUUAACCGACAGAUGCACAACAGAAGCACAAACAUUAGUUGAAACACAAAUUACAUGUUAGCUUAUUUUUAAGGCUAGCGUCCCAGUGUAUUUGCUGACAUUCACAUUUUUCAUACUUAUGUCACAUUCACUUUUGUGAAAUAUUGUGGUUUUGGAAACUUGGAAAUAAUGACAUACCCCAGGCAUUUAUUUUUUAUUUAUUAAAUUUUUUUUUAUAUAUAAAAUUAUGUCUGCUGCAGUCUGUUGAUUAAUCAUGAGUAUUGUUACAAUUGUUCAUCUGUUAUAUCAAUAUUUUCUGUUUCACACAUUUGCACUGUUGUUGUGCAUUUAAGGCAAAUUUAUUUUGUACUGACUUUACUCUGGAGAAUUAACUAUAUGAACUAUAUUUUAAGGGAUUGAAAUUGGGUAUAAAUUUCAAAAUGUUUUAGCAUUUGCAUUAAAAAUUAAGAGCUUUAGUUAAGUUGUACCAACGAUGCUGUUCUGUGGUUACUAGAAAUAUCUAAAUGCAUAACUGUCCAUCAUUUCUGAUUGGUUUGUAUGGAGUGUGGUAUGUCGGGCACAAAUGCAUUGACAACUUGAAAGCUGUAGAUGGCAGUAAAGACUCAUGUAUAUAAACGUAUGUAUAUAAACGCAUCACUCAUUUGCUUUCCUUGCUUCCCAGACAGCUGCAGCUUCAUCUCUUUUAAUGUUUGAAAAAUUACCAAGAACUCUGAACUGUCCCAUGUCCCCCAAACCUUUCACGUUUUCUUAAAAUCACCAACAAUCUCUUUAAAAGGGAAAAUGGGGUAUUGUGUUCUCAUUCCAAAAGGCACAUUGUUACAUUGUGAUUAAGUCUGUAUUAUGGAGCUCUUUCUCUGUUUAGCUGUGGUCGAGAUUCACGAUUUCCCCUAUUAAGACACUUAAGUGGGUUAAUCAGAGCGGAAUUUAUCCUGUUGUAUUUAAGACUUGUACAAUCACCUCUAUUUAUAUUAUGUUCUGAACGCAUGUCUCUGAAUGCCCUUAAUACUUCCUUAAAUCUUUACAGUGUACUAAAUUUGUUAUAAUAAAUUGUUUAAUCAAUGAAUUUAUUCACUGUUUUUAUUUUAAUGUUAAAAAAAUAUCUUGCAUUGUUCAUU